AUGGUAUCCGACCGAGUCCGCGUCACCACGCGGCACACGCUUAAUUGCGCAAAUGAGGCAAUUGUCGCGGCGCUCGACUCCCCAUUCAGUCUAGGCGCAAUUGACAUUACUACAUCCGCAUUCUCAGUCAUUGAAGUUAUCUUUGUAUAUAGAAAGCCCGCGUCAUUACCGCAAGACGCGUUUCUCUCCGUUGAACGCUUGAAGGAGGCAGUGUCGCAUCUGCUCGAUUACUAUCCACAUCUGACUGGUCGGUUACAGGGAAACCCUAUCUCUCGAGCUACAGAGAUCAGUCGCCUGGGUACCGGUGCUGAGCUUUGGGAGGCUCAAUGUAGCAGGAAGCUCAGACACAUCGCGUCAUCCAGUCUAUCACGCCGAUUACUGAUGCAGAAGCUGCCGGGUUCUGGAAAUUCACUUCUUCCCAUUUUCCAUUUUUCACUCGGGGCGGUGCCCUACAAUCCCAUAUUUGCUAUUCAGCACACCCGGUUCGCAUGUGGAGGAGUUGGACUCGGCAUUCGACUUCAUCAUAUGGUCUGUGAUGCCACUGGCUUUUUACAGUUGGUCCGCGACCUCGCUGAAAUAUACCGACAACUACGCGAUUCAUCGCCACCGACUCUCGUAUUCCCGCCAGAGAUACGCUCACAUUUUCGAGAUCAAAAAAACAUGUCACCCAAGUCAAAACGAAAAGUCCUCAAGUUCAGGCCUCCGGACUUUUAUUUGAAUGAGAACUCCACGGAAGAGCCUGCAUCCUUGGUUGAGGAUCGUCCCAAGGUGUCCGGUCGAGUCCUGCGCUUCUCUAGUGACGAUUUGAUUGAACUCAAGAAAACUGCAACAGAUCCCGACCCAAAGAGUCAGUCAUGGGUCUCCACUUUCGAGGCUCUCUCGGCAUAUCUCCUCCAAAAGAUUUAUCAGGCCAGAAUUGAAGCACUUGACGACCACAGUGUGUCAUCAGACCGAGAAUGGCAAAAGGCACAUCGCGGCUUCUGGGCAGCUAUUGACAUGCGUGACCCGACACGUUUGAAGUUACCAGCCCGUUACUUCCCCAACGCUUCUUAUUGCGCCAGCUUCUCUCCUUCGCACCGCAUCCUCAAUAAAGGCGCACUUUGGCAGGUAGCAAAAGCGAUUCAUUUGAUAAUUCGCUCAGUCGAUCCAGAUGAGAUCAAUCAGCAGUUCCAGUGGAUUGCCGCACAGCCGGACAAAAGUCAUAUCAGAUACAAAAAUCCGUUCUGUGAAGGGAAUUUCGCCAUUAGCCAAUGGACUCGAAGUAACCCGUACAUUGGUGUUGAUUUCGAUGUCUGCGAGGAUGGCAAGCCUAUCACGCCUGCUCUGGUGGCGAGAGCUUUCAGUGAAAGUUAUAUGGUAGAUGGUAUGGCAGUCGUCAUGGCUACUGAGGAGCAAGUGGGUCGAAAUAAACGCAAGGGAGGGUCUCCGUGUGCUAUCGAUGUCAAUCUGACCCUUGAUGAUUCGCUAUGGCCAAUACUGGAUAUGGACCCGCAAUUUAGAAAGCUCUACGGCUGA